CAAACCACACCCCUGUUAAUAUCGGGAACGCUGGGAAAAGAUGGCAGCUUCCUGUACCCGAUGAGACCAGUGUUCCGCAGUUUGGAGGCGAAACAACUUUUAUACAGUUGCUGUCUAUUCACACCGCAAAUUACUGGGAUACCUGAAACGGGAAACUGGACUUCAGUGUUAAAAAAUGGAGAAGAGCGGAAGUAUUGACAGUCUUGGGUCGAAACAGUCCUCUUCUAGACAGCCAAGUGUGGAUUCGCUGUCCAGUACGUCCACCUCCCGAUCUGACCGAUCGUCGCACGCCAAGGCUCCCUCGGCUCUUUCAUCAGACUCCGUGUCUACUUCUGCGGAGUUCUCCCCAGAGCUACGGAGCAGGACUAAAGUAGAUGCCAAGUUGCUCAGGGAUGCUAAUAAACUUGCUCAAGAAGAACCACAAUUGCUUCCAAAGGAGACUGUACAGGACACAGCCAAAGAUGUUACUUACAUCUGCCCCUUUCUCGGUGCCAUUCGAGGGACAGUGACGGUCACCAAUUACAGACUAUUCUUCAAAUGCACGGACAGGGACCCAGCGUUUGUCCAGGAUCUUCCUCUGGGUGUGAUCAGUCGGGUGGAGAAGAUUGGUGGUGCAUCGAGCCGUGGUGAGGUGUCAUACGGUCUGGUGUGCAAGGACAUCAGGAAUCUUCGCUUUGCACACAAACAGCCAGAAGACUCACUAAAAAAGUCCAUAUUUGAGGUCUUGAUGAAAUAUGCAUUCCCUGUCUCCAAUGGCAUGCAAAUCUUUGCCUUUGAAUAUGGGCAGAUUUUCCCAGAGAAUGGCUGGAAAGUAUAUGAUGCUCUCUCAGAAUACAAGAGACAGGGCUUGCCCAAUGAAAGCUGGAGAAUCACAAAGGUAAAUGACCAGUAUGAGUUGUGUGACACCUACCCGGCCACCCUGGUGGUGCCUGUCAACAUUCCUGAUGAGGAGCUGAAGAGAGUGGCAGCCUUCAGAGCCAAGGGUAGAAUUCCAGUGCUCUCCUGGAUCCACCCAGAGAGCCAGGCCACGGUGACACGCUGCAGCCAGCCCAUGGUGGGCGUCAACGGCAAACGUAGCAAGGAGGAUGAGAAGUACCUGCAAGCCAUCAUGGACGCCAAUGCCCAGUCCCACAAACUCUUCAUCUUUGAUGCAAGACCCAGUGUCAAUGCUGCAGCAAACAAGAUGAAAGGGGGUGGGUAUGAGAGCGAGGAUGCGUAUCAAAAUGCAGAGCUGGUGUUUCUGGACAUACACAACAUCCAUGUGAUGCGUGAGUCCCUGCGCAAGCUAAAGGAGGUGGUAUACCCCAAUAUUGAGGAAUCUCAUUGGCUGUCAAACCUGGAGUCCACCCAUUGGUUGGAACACAUAAAGCUGAUCCUGGCGGGGGCGCUACGUAUUGCAGACAAGGUGGAAUCUGGGAAGACAUCAGUGGUGGUUCACUGUAGUGAUGGCUGGGACCGCACCGCACAGCUCACGUCCCUUGCUAUGCUGAUGCUGGACGGCUACUACCGCACUAUCCGUGGCUUUCAAGUCCUCCUGGAAAAAGAGUGGCUGAGCUUUGGUCAUCGCUUCCAGCUGAGGAUUGGUCAUGGGGAUAAAAACCACACUGAUGCAGACCGCUCGCCCAUCUUUGUGCAGUUCAUUGACUGUGUGUGGCAGAUGACCAGACAGUUCCCGGCAGCCUUUGAAUUCAACGAGUACUUCUUGGUCACCAUCUUGGACCACCUCUACAGCUGCCUUUUUGGGACCUUCCUGUGUAACUGUGAGCAGCAUAGAGUAAAGGAUGACCUGCCAAAGAGGACUGUCUCGCUGUGGUCUUACAUAAACAGCCAGCUGGAAGAUUUCACAAACCCCCUGUACGUCAACUACUCCAACCACGUGCUCUUUCCAGUGGUCAGCAUGCGCCACCUGGAGCUGUGGGUGGGGUAUUACAUCCGCUGGAACCCUCGCAUGAGGCCGCAGGAACCCCUGCACCAACGAUACAAGGAGCUGCUGGCCAAGCGGGCGGAGUUGCAGAAGCGGGUGGAGGAGCUGCAGCGGGAGGUGACCAAUCGCUCUGUCUCCUCCUCCUCGGAAAGGGCGGGGUCUCCUACACGCUCCGUCACGCCCGUGCAGACCUUCGUGUGAUGGGAUCAGGGGCGGGUGCUGGCACUCUGGGGACCUCCUCCACAAACUUGUUCUGAGCAGUAGGCUGCACUCUUCAAGAAGCCCCUCUGCCUAUAUUAUGGAGAUGGAAUCCCGGUGCUCCGAGGGAUCCUGCGUCCACUGCACACAGAACCCUGCUGCCGGAGCGGAAGAGGACCUGAGGUUCAUUCGCUCAAUGCCACAAAUAGCCUCGCACUAUAGCCAUGUUUUCCUCCUGAUAACUCUGUGGAUGGGAGAGGUAGGACAAAGUCUUUACCCUCUGCCUUUAUUACACAGUUAUUAUUGUUAUCUUAACGAAAUCCAAUACUUGUUAUUUAUUCUUCCAUAGUAAUUGUGGAAGCUGGAACUAAAGGCUGAAAGCUGACGUUGUCAGACGUUUGUACGUGCGUGUGCUUUGUUCAGCUUGUUUAAAGUAAGUCUCAGGCCAGCACUCCUUGGUAGGUUAGUUUCAGCUGAACAGCACACUCCCUUUUAACGUAUCAGAUGGAUAUCGUCAACUACUGAAAAAUUCCAGAAUAUUUAUCCACAAUCAAAUAGGAUUCUGUAUAUGAUGGGAGUAUGUUUCUCCUUACCUGUGAGAUAUUUCGAUUUGAGGUUGACAGUAUGCCAAACCUGAAGAAAUUCUAUUCCCAUUCCCAUUGAGUUCUGUACCUGCUUUGUACAGUACAGGUCUUGUGAAGGCAGGUGCUUAUAAAUAUCCAAUAGCACUGAGAAAGUCUCCUAUUUCAUUAUAUCCACUAGCAGUAUGAGUAGAAUCUUUGUAAUGGUGAGUCUGUUCAGAAUAGAAAUGCAUUCCAGGCCUGACUGCUCAUGAAUAUAUGCAAAUUGUUAUACAAAGAGCAAACUUCUUACAAAUUAUUUGGCGGAGACUGGAGGCAAUAGAGUGCUGUGUCUUGUCAGUUAACAAAAUGUCUUUGGCAAGCCCCCCUGUGACAUCAGUGGGAUGACUGACUGUACAGCGUGUUCAGAAAUGCAUCAUGGGGAGAGAGGCAUUUUUACACCCACGCCUGCCUUUUAAAUGGACCAUCAUGGUCUGAGAGAAUUACAUUAGAAAAGGCUAUUUUGAUGUAAAUGCUCUCGUUGAGUCUAUGAUGCAUAGUUUAGCUGACUCCUCACUGUUCAGAUUGUAUUUAGUUCAAAUGUUUUGUUUGCACUGAGGAAAUUUGUAAUUAUAAUUAUUUACUAGAAGUUGCAAGCAAUUUGGAACAGGGCAAGCAAUAUAAGGAACUGACUGCCAUACCACAUGACCUCUGGUCAUCAAUUUGGACCCCAUACAACUCCGUAUAGCUCAGUAUAGUGUUAAUAUUAUAGGUAUAUCUCAAAAUUAAAAAAUAAUAUAAAAUGAAUUAGGCUAAUUAAAAUUAUGCUAGGAUUUUAUUUGCUCAUGGUAGAUAUGUUGCUUAACAUAAGUAUUUUAUUUGAUUAAAGAACCCAGAGAAAACCAGUAUAAUGUUGAUACACCACUUGGAACCUGCCACCAUAAUCAAUUACACAUUUUGCAGCAGUUUUCAUUUAAUUAACCCCAAAAUGUUCUAAGAGUUGCCUGGCUGCAAUCCUUGUAUUGUAAUGUAUCAAAACUAAAAAUUCAGGCCUUUCUCUGUAUAUUUAGUGUGUAAAUCUGAACUGAUUUCAAGCUCACAAAUUAACAACAUAACUACUUCUACAUUAGAAAAUGACUUGCAUGUAUGGCUGGGUCAGAAGAACCUUGUUCACAGUACUGUGUAAAAAAUGUCACUGUUUACCAUGUUCAGUUUCAUAAACACUUUAUAUAAUCUCAAUAUUUAAACUCUAAUCUCAUAUUUAUUCAUGGAUAGUUGGAAAGAGAGGUUAUUUUAUGUAUGUUAGUCUGAGUAACCAGAUAUUAAUUACACCUUUCAGUCUCAGUUAGACCAGUAAAAUACAGCUUGCAGUCCCAGUAUAUUGUACCUGUAAUUUACAUUAAGAGUGUGACAAUAUAACUGAUUAAUAUGGUUGCAAACAUAUGCUCAAUGGUUAAUCUUAAUGUCAGACUAAACGUCAAACACUAAUCUUAGAAUAAUUUCUAUUAUUUAAAAAAAACUACAAUUUUCCACAAUUAAAAUGUUUCCCUCCUCCCUUUCAGACUGUUUAAAUAAGUAUAUAAGCAAAGAAUCAUUGCUGUAUAAUUCCUGUUCUGAACGUGCAUACUUUGGCAGGAUUCAUAAACUCUUUUUGAUUUGUAUUGUGCAUCUUUGACUGAAGCCCACAGCUGGACAAAAAAAAUUGGCCAAAUUAGUAUUCCACCCGCUUGACCAGAAUUCAUCAGGGAGGCGUUAAAAGCCUCCUCAGUGUUUGUCAACACAGCUUGCCAUCCCUCCAGGUGCCAGGGAAACUUUGUCUGAAUUCCUGAAUUCUUCAUUCCACUUAACAUGUCCAUUCCUAAAAGCUGUUGUUGAGUAGUCAUUUUGUUCAGCAUUAAACAAAUAAAGACAUUUUGAAAACA